UCACUCGGACAGCACCGCCCCAACGGCGGCCCCCAGCCUCGGAACAGACGCCAGUCCAGCUGACCCAGAUACACCUGUAUCCUCUGGGGCACCAGGUCUGGUGGCCUCACAGGUCCCUAGUUCUGGCACAGAUGCCACUGCGGUCACUCCACCCCGGACUCUCUCUCCUCACGAAGAGGCAACCACAGCCUCAGGGGUGACCCAUCCUGCAGCACAGACUGUUUCAGCCAUGCCAACUAGGACGGGCUCCCCGGCUGUGUCAGGAGGAGUGAGCUCCCUUGUCCCCAGUGCUGGGGCAGAGACCAGUGCCACCUUUCCAACUCCGACCGAUUUCCCACACGAGCCAGACUCCCCAGAAGCCAGUUCGGCUCUUCCACCUCUGACUGCCUCCCCUCAGGAUCCAGGUGCAAGCGUCUCUUUGGUCACCCAGUCUUCAGACACCAGCCCGUUUUCUCCCAAAGGCACGUCCACUGUGUCCAACAGUGGACCAGGCCCUGCACCCUGGACGGCCACUAGUGCUGGCGCAGAAGCCGUUUCAGCCCUUCCAGGGAGGACUGUCGAAACGCUUCUACCGGGGGUGGUGACCUCACAGGCCGCUGGUCCUGGGGCAGAGACCACCACGGGCGCUUCAACUUUGCCCAGUGACCAAGUUCAUCUGGAGACCACAGCCUCCCGGGCCACCCAUUCGGAAACGGAAGCCAGGUCAGCUGACCCAACUCUGACUUUGUCCCCCCGUGAGCCAGACACAACAGUCUCCUCGGUUACCCGUCCCGGGGCACAGACCAGUCCAGUCAUUUCCACUUUGGCCUUUUCCCCUGGUGUAUCGGGGGCGGACCUCUCACAGGUAAGCAGUUCUGGGGCCGAGACUGGUACAACUUCUGCAACUCUGACUGACUCCCCACCCGGACCGGAGACAGCAGCCUCGUGGGGCACCCAUCCCGCAGCAGAAGCCAGUUCCACUGUUCCAGCUGGGACUGCUUCCCCUCGCGGGCCAGACACAACAGCCCCACGGGCCCAUUCACCGGAGACCGGCGCCUCGGUUUCCAGAGAGACGCCGAAUUUCUCCCACACCGUAUCAGACGUCACAUCUUCAACAGCCACCAGUCCUGGGGCAGAAGCCAGUUCAGCCCCUCCAACGACGAGUGUCCCGCUCGAUGGACCCAGCACGGCCACCUCCCUGGCCACUAGCUCUGGAACAGAAGCCACAAGGGCUUUCUCAACUCGCACCGAGCCCCUGCACGAAGCCGACACAGCAGUCUCCUUGGUCCCCCAUCCUGCAGAGUCCAGCACAGUUUCUCCCGAAAGCACUUCCAGUGUCUCCCACGGUGAAUCAGACAGUGCACCCUCCGUGGCCGCUAGUGCCGGGGCAGAAGCCAGUUCAGCUCUUCCCGGUAGGACUGUGGAAACUGUGGCACCAGGGGCGGUGACGUCCCAGGCCACUAGUUCUGGAUCGGAGACGGGCCCCACUGCUGCAACUUUGACCACUUCCCAGCUUCAUCUGGAGACCACGGCCUCACGGGCCACCCCGUUGGACACGGAAGCAAGGUCAGCUGUCCCAACUCUGACUGUGUCCCCUCCUGAGCCAGACACCUUUGUUUCAGUAGUCACCCAUUUGGCAGAUUCCAGCCGAACAUUUCACCAUUCAACCUCCAGUGUUUUUCUAGGUGAGUCAGAACACACACCGUCAAUUUUCAGUGCCUCUGGGACAGAAGUCAGUUCUGACUCUGCAACGGUGAUAGAGUCAUCUAGUGUACCAGACAAAGUGACCUCACAGGGCAGUAUUCCUGAUAUCGAUUCCAACAUCGCUACUGUAUCUCCUUCUCCUUGUGAACCAGGCACUACACCCUGUUUGCUCACCCGCCCCUCUGCAGGGAGAAACACAAGUUUUCCUGCUUCCACUAUUUUUCCCCAUUUACCAGAUAUCACAGCCUCACUAUCCACCCGCCGUGGAUGGGAGGUUAGUGGGUUUGUUCCGACAGAGACAGUUUCCCUUGUUCCCCCGAAAGCAGUGUCCUCGCUCUUCACCACACUUGUGAAUGAGGCCAGCAGGGUCAAUCCGGUUGCAACGGCCUCACUCCGUGUUCCUCUGGGUACAGCCCCUCUUUCCACCCAUCGUGAGACAGACCACAGUACAGCUGUUUCAGCCUCAACUUUUUUCCGUGGUUCAUCAGAGUCCACAGGUUUUCCGGCCACCAGCCCUGCAUCAGAGGCCGGCACAGGCAUUCCAGCUCUGCAUACUUCCCCGGGUGUUCUGGAGCCUGCCAGCAGCCCUGCAAGUACCGCUGAGCCUUAUACUGUAACUUCCUGGACCACACAAACCUCUCCCCCUUCCACCCCAGUUGGACUCCCAGAGUUUUCCCAGACUGUGACACUUAGCCCUGUGACCUUGAUUACAUCUAAAACCAGUCAUGAAGGAUCAAGUCCAAGAACCACCCUGAAAACUACAAGUCUUGAGACCCCUAAAUUAGCUGUUACAGGUUCAGGCCCCACCAUGGCCAAGACGACAGCCACUUUGAGUAUACUGUCCGAAAGUUCCUUUGUCCCUGUGACCACACCUGAGAUGUCUGUGUCAUCCUAUGCGAGUGUGACUUCAGGAACAACCACCAUUCCUUUGCUGAUGCCUUUUAUUGUCAACUUCACCAUCACCAACCUGCGCUACAGGGAGGACAUGGGAAACUUGGGCUCUGAGAUAUUCAAUGCCACCGAGAGAUACUUGCAGCAACUGCUGGGGCCCUUGUUCAAGAACAGCAGCAUUGGUUCCCUCUAUGCUGGCUGCAGACUGGCCUCGCUCAGGUCUGAAAAAGAGGGAACAAGCACCACAGUGGAUGUGGUCUGCACCCACCGCCUGGGUCCCACCAGCUCCGGGCUGGACAGAGAGCGGCUGUACUGGGAGCUGAGCCAGCAGACCCACGGCGUCACUCGGCUGGGCCCCUAUACCCUGGACAGGAAUAGUCUUUUUGUCAGUGGUUACAACCAUCGGUACUGGAUCCCCACCACUAGCACCCUGGUGACCUCCACAUUCUCUCCAGGACCCCCAGCAUCUGAGAGCCCCACCCCCAGCUCUACAGCUGCAGAUGUGGGCCCAGCCCCAGUGCCUUUCACCCUCAAUUUCACCAUCACCAAUAUGCUGUAUACCCCAGACAUGAGGCACCCAGGCUCUGCAAAGUUCAACUCCACAGAGAGGGUUUUGAAUCACCUGCUUGGUCCUUUGUUCAAGAACACCAGCAUUGGCCUUCUGUAUUCUGGUUGCAGACUGGCCCAGCUGAGGACUGAGAAGGAUGGGGAAACAACUGGAGUGGACAUCGUCUGCACCUACCAUCCUGACCCCAUGGGCCCUGGACUGGACACAGAAGAGUUGUACCAGGAGCUGAGUUGGCUGACCCAUGGUGUCACCCUGCUGGGCACCUACACCCUGGACAGAGACAGUCUCUAUGUCAAUGGUUAUAACCAUCGCAGCUGGACCCCUGCCACAAGCAGUUAUAGCCAUCGGACCUCAGCCUCCACCCCCAGCGACCAAUUCUCUUCAGCCGCUGUGACCUCCACGCUCUUCCCAAGGACCUCGCUGGUGCCCGCCCCCUUCUCCAGCUCCACAGCAGCGGCCUCUUUGCUGGUGCCGUUCACCCUCAACUUCACCAUCACCAACCUACACUAUGAGGAGGGUAUGCAGCACCCGGGCUCCAGGAAAUUCAAUGCCACAGAGAGGGUCCUGCAGCGUCUGCUCAAGUCUGUGUUCAAGAAUAGCAGUCUGAGGUUACUCUAUGCAGGCUGCAGACUAGCCUCCCUCAGCCCCGAGAAGGAAGAGACAGCCACCAGAGUGGACGUCACCUGCGCUCACCGCCCCGACCCCGAAGGCCCUGGGCUAGACAGAGAGCGGCUGUACUGGGAGCUGAGACAGCUGACCCGUGGCAUCACUGCGCUGGGACCCUACGUGCUGGACAGGGACAGUCUCUGGGUCAAUGGUUUCACCCCUUGGAGCCCCACACUCUUCACCAGCACUCCUGGGACCUCCAUGGUCGACCUAGGGACCUUGGGGACCCCAUCUUCAUUCUCCAGCCCCCCAGUUGCAGCAACAAGCCCUACCCUGGUGCCAUUUACCCUCAACUUUACCAUCACAAACCUGCUGUACGUGCCAGACAUGGGGCGCCCAGGAUCUGCAAAGUUAAACAUGACGGAAGAGGUCCUGCAGCCCAUUCUUGGUUCUUUGUUCAAGAACACCAGCAUCGGCCCACUGUAUUCCAGCUGCAGACUGACCUCACUCAGGCCUGUGAAGGACAGGUCAGCCACCAGAGUGGACGCCGUCUGCACCUACCACUCUGAGCCCACAAGCACAGGGCUGGACAGAGAGCAGCUGUACAGGGAGCUGAGCCAUGAGACCCACGGUAUCACCCGGCUGGGCUCCUUCAUGCUGGACAGGGACAGCCUUCACGUCAAUGGUUACACCCACCAGGCCCUGACCUCCACCCCCAGUACUGCUGCGACCUCCACCAUCCCCCCAGCAACUUCAGGGACCCCAGUUCCCGUCUCCAUCGCCACUGUCCCUGCCCUGGUGCCAUUCACUCUCAACUUCACUGUCACUAACUUGCACUAUGAGGAGGACAUGGGUCAUCUUGGUUCCUGGAAGUUCAACACCACGGAGAGAGUUCUGCAGGGCCUGCUCAGAACUUUAUUCAAGAAAAGCAGUGUGGGCCCCCUCUAUAUGGGCUGCAGACUGACCAUGCUAAGGUCCAGGAAGGAUGGGACAGCCACUGGAGUGGAUGUCGUCUGCACACACCGCCCUGGCCCUGGGGGUCCUGGGGGCCCUGGGCUGGACAGCGAGCGGCUGUACUGGGAGCUGAGCCGGCUGACCCAAAGUGCCACCAAAUUGGGUCCUUACGCCCUGGACCAGGACAGCCUCUACGUCAAUGGUUACACCCACCAGACUCGGACAACCACCCCCAGCACGUCCAUGGUGGCCACAGUGUCUGCAGGGAUCCCCACGCCUUCCCCCAGGCCCACAGCUCCUGGCCCUGCCCUGGUGCCCUUCACCCUCAACUUCACCAUCACCAACCUGCACCACACAGAAGACAUGCAGCCAGGCUCUGCAAAGUUCAACUCCACCGAGUCACUUCUACAAUAUCUGCUCAAGCCCUUGUUCACCAACAGCAGCAUUGGGUCACUCUACACCGGCUGCAGACUGGCCACACUACGGCCUGAAAAGGGUGGAGCAGCCACUGGAGUUGACGCCAUUUGUACCCACCGUCCUGACCCUGCAGGCCUCGCCCUGGACAGGGAGCAGCUCUACUGGGAGCUGAGCCACCAGACCCACGGUGUCACCCGGCUUGGUCCCUAUGUCCUGGACAGGGACCGUCUCUAUGUCAAUGGUUACACUGGACCAGCUCCGACCUCCAUUCCCAGUGUUUCUGUGAUUUCCACACCCUCCUUGGGAAACUCAUCAGCUCUAAUGUCCUCCAGUUCUACAGUCUCUGGACCCGCCCUGCUGCCACUCACCCUUAACUUCACCAUCACCAACCUGCACUACAUGAAGGACAUGGAGUUUCCGGGCUCAGUGAAGUUCAACAAAAUAGAGAAGAUCCUGCAGUACCUGCUCAGAGCCUUGUUUAAGAACACCAGUGUCAGCCUGCUCUACUCCAGCUGCAGACUCACCUUGCUCAGGCCUGAGCGAGAUGGAGCAGCCACCAGCGUGGACAUCGCUUGCAACCACCGUCCUGACCCUUCAGGCCCUGGACUAGACAGAGAGCGGCUGUACUGGGAGCUAAGCCAGCUGACCCAAAGUGUCACCAAGUUGGGUCCCUACACCCUGGACCAGGACAGUCUCUAUGUCAAUGGCUACACCCACAAGACUUCAGAAACCACCCCCAGUGCCACAGGACCACCCCCUGUGCCAUUCACCCUCAACUUCACCAUCACCAACCUGCACUAUGUGGUGGACAUGUGGCCUCCAGGCUCCUUGAAAUUCAACACCACGGAGAAGUUCCUGCAGCGUCUGCUAAAGCACUUGUUCAAGAAUACUAGUGUGGGCACACUCUUCUCAAGCUGCAGGCUGACCCUCCUCAGGCCCAGGAAGGAUGGGACAGCCACUGGAGUGGAUGUCGUCUGCACACACCGCCCUGGCCCUGGGGGUUCCAGGCUGGACGAUGAGCGCCUCUAUGGGGAGCUGAGCCAGCUGACCCGUGGUUUCACCCAGCUGGGCCCCUACACCCUGGACCAGGACAGUUUCUAUGUCAAUGGUUACACCCACCAGACCCAGACCAGCACCCCCAGGAGUCUCACCCAUUUGGUCUCAGCCACCACCCCCAAAACCACUGGCCCCACCCUGCUGUUCUUCACCCUAAACUUCACCAUCACCAAUAUGCACUACACAGAGGACAUGGGGCACCCAGCUUCCUUGAAGUUCAAUUCCACUGAGAGGAUCUUGCAGCACCAGCUGCGGCUCUUAUUCCGUAACACCCGUGUUGGCCCCCUCUACUCUCACUGCAGACUGGCCUCGCUCAGGCUUGAGAAACAUGGAGCGGCCACUGGAGUGGACAUUGUCUGCACCUACCAUUCUGAUCUUGCGGGCCCUGGGCUGGACAGAGAGCAGCUGUACUGGCAGCUGAGCCACCAGACCCAUGGUGUCACCCGGCUGGGCUCCUUCACCCUGGACAAGGACAGCCUUCACGUGAAUGGUUACACCUUUGGAGCCACAGCCUUGACUCCCACCACUGCAGAGAUCAAUGAAGAGCCUUUCACGCUGAAUUUCACCAUCAACAACCUGCACUACUCAGCAGACAUGGGCCAUCCAGGCUCCCUCAAGUUCAACAUCACAAACACCCUCAUGCAGCAUCUGCUCAGCCGGUUGUUCUGGAGAAGCAGCCUUGGUUCCCGAUAUGCAGGUUGCAGGGUCACCUCGCUAAGGUCUGUGGAGAAUGGCGCCAAGACAAGGGUGGACUUUCUCUGCACCUACCACCAGGCCCCCAGUGGCCCAGGUCUGCCUGCUGAGCAGGUGUUCCAUGAUCUGAGCUGGCAGACCCACGGCAUCACUCGGCUGGGCCCCUACUCUCUGGAUAAGGACAGCCUCUACCUCAAUGGUUAUAAUGAACGUGGUCCAGAUGAGCCUCCUACAACUCCUGAGCCAGCCACCACAUUCCUGCCCACCUCGUCAUCCCCUGUGCAACCAGAAGCAACCACAGCUCUGUUGCACAACCUGGAGACCCUCACACUCAACUUCACCAUCUCCAACCUCCAGUACUCAGCAGACAUGAUCAACGGUUCGUCCAUGUUCAACUCCACUGAGAGGGUCCUGCGGCACCUGCUCAGAUCCUUGUUCAAGAAGAGCAGUCUGGGCCCCUCCUGCGUGGAUUGUAGACUGAUCUCCCUCAGGCCUGAGAAGGGUGGGGCAUCCACCAGCAUGGAUGCUGUCUGUACCUACCGCCCUAACCCCUUGGACCAUGAGCUUGACAGAGAUCGCCUCUACUGGGAGCUCAGCCAGCUGACCCAUGGAGUCACCCAGCUGGGCCCCUACACUCUGGUCCCAGGCAGCCUCUUCGUCAAUGGCUAUGCACCCCAGAGUAUAGUUACCCAGACUGAGUACCAGCUAAAUUUCCAUAUCAUCAACUGGAACCUCAGCAGCCCUGACCCCACGUCCUCCGAGUACACCGCCCUGCUGAGGGACAUCCAAGACAAGGUCACCAAACUUUACAGAGGCAGCCAGUUACAAGGUGCAUUCCACUCCUGCUUGGUUACCGACUUGAAGUUGAGCUCCAUGUCCGUCACCAUCCAGGAGCUGUUCUCCUCCAGUGUAGACCCCAGCAUGGUGAAGCAAGUCUUUCUGGACAGGACCCUCAAUGCUUCAUCCCACUGGCUGGGCGCCACCUAUCAUCUGACGGAUAUUCAAGUGACAGAAGUGGAGACAUCAGUUCAUCUGCCGACAGACAAACCAACAAGCAGUCCCAGCUCUCAGCACUUCCAGCUGAAUUUCACUGUCACCAACCUUCCGUAUGUCCAGGAUAUAGCCCAGCCAGGCACUACCAAACACCAGCGGAACAAGAGAAGUAUGGAGACUGCGCUCAACCAUCUCUUCCAAAACAGCAGCAUCAAGAGUUAUUUUUCUGACUGUCAAGUUUUAGCAUUCAGGUCUGUCCCGAGCAGCAACCACACUGGGGUGGACUCCCUGUGUCACGUCUCACCGUCGGCACAGGUGGUGGACAGAGUUGCCAUCUAUGAGGAAUUUCUGCAGUUGACCCAGAAUGGUACCCAGCUGCAGAACUUCACCCUAGACAGGAACAGUGUCCUAGUGGAUGGGUAUGCUCCAAGCAGACAUGACGCCCUGACUGGGAAUUCAGACCUCCCCUUCUGGGCCAUCAUCCUCACCUGCCUGGCGGGACUCUUGGCGCUCAUCACGUGCCUGAUCUGCUGUUUCCUGGUCACCAUGUGCCGGCAAAGAAGGAGGGAGAUCGUGAGACUCGGCAAGGAUGCCUGGAACCUGCCACACCCAGACCCGAGGACGCUGCAGUGACGAGAUCUGCCUGAGGCCCAGGGUCCGGAGGAGCGUGGCUGGACAGAAGUCAGCCACGCUGGCCCAUCACAGUCUCUGGGCCUUUCGCAACCGGCCCCCGUCUGAGUCACAACACGCUAAGAUAAAAUCCUUCCCCCUCCUCAAGUCCUGAAGGCAACUGCAAAUUCUGUCGUGUGUUUUCACAUCACUGGACCCCCGAGAACACUGGAGCAGAAACCGCCAUGGCCUGACAUCAAAUGCCCUGCACUGCGAGGUUCCCCUUCUCAGGAAACUUUGGAACACACCUCCCCUGACAUGUGUCAGCCACCACACCUACCUCGGUUCCUCCGCCUUCCCCACCCCAAAACCCUGGCAGCCUCAGGCUCCCCUGGCAGUACUUCCUUCCCUGAAGUUCACAUUCGCCAGGACUUCCAGACCAACCUGCCUCAGUGACACCUCUUUGCUCAGGGUUCUCCCAGGCAGAAAACAGGCCGGGAUAGAGGGAAUGGAUUAGACAUGACUCUGCAUUCAGCGCUGCAGCUUGGGAGCUGAAAUGACUAGAAUCCCGGUUCUAGAAAGGUCAUGUCUGCUUUGGGUGUACAAAGGAAUAAAACUCAGGAGGGAAAUA